GUGAAAAAAGUAACCUUGGAGCGCGACUUUUUUUUUUGCAUUUUUGCAUGUUUGCAUGUUUGGCACAAGAAACACUGCACAAUUUAGUUCGUUAUGGAUCAUUUGCAUGAAUGGAGCUUCAGCUCCAAGAAAAUGGACCUGGAGGAGGAGGAUUUCUGCUUCGACUACGGAGCGGAGGAAAUAACAGAUGAUCAAGACCCCGCUGAACUUGUGGCUGCUUUGAAACAAAAGGAGGAAGAGGUUAUUUUGGCAGCGCAGCUGGGAAACGCGUUGCUCCUGGAAAACCGUCAUCUGAAGCAGCAGAGCGACAAACUUCAUGAGCAGUACGCCGACAAACUGGAGGAGCUGGAGCAGGGACGGCAUGAGCUGCGACUGAAGCUGGAAGGCUCCCAGUCCCAGUGGGAGAGCCAGGUGGGGGAUCUGGAGAGGGAUGCGAGGGAGCUGGGUGCCAAGGUGGAGCGGCUCAGCCAGGCCCUCAGCCAGGCCGAAAGGGACAAGAGUCGAGCCCAGCUGGAGCACAGCGAGCAAACGCUGCAGCUCAAAGAGGAGCUUAAUACUGCAAUGGAGGUGCAGAAAGCCAUGUCCAGCGAGCUGCAGGCUCUGAAGCAGGAGCUCCAACAGAAAGGAAACCAAAACAGACCGCAGGACGAGGAGCUGAUCAGUGCCAUGAGGGAGCAGGUGUUGCGCCUUACAAAGAAAGAGCAGGAGCUGGAACAGCGCUUGGAGAGUGUGUGUCAAGAAAAUGCAGAGCUGAGGACGAAUUUGGCCUCUUUACAUGUACGUCUAGCUCUCCAUGAGCAACUCAGCCAGCAGCACACCCAGCAGCUAGCUGAGGCGUGGCAGGAGGUGGAGGUGGCACGGAGCCGUUCGCAGCAGCUGCAGGCUCGGGUGGAGGAGCUAGAGGAGGAGGUGUCUCUGCAGGAAUCCAGGAGCCACAGAGAUGUCUCCCUGCUAUCAGAACUGGAGACGGCGGACUUGGGUGUCAGCAAAGAAGAGAUAACACAUGAAAUGGGCUCCAUCCUCAAGUUACUCCUCCCGCUGACUGAGGAUCGGGAAAGGUCAGGGAGGCCAGAGGUCGUGGAUCAACAGGAGGACGUGCUGGCCAUGCUUCACCUGCUGAAGGGAGUGGCUGAAACUCUGGCUCAGGCAUCCAGCCCCCAGGAGCUGAAUCCAGGUUUUGUUAAUCGGAAUCUGAGCACAGCACAGGAGCUGAGAGAUCAGAACAUCCAGCUGCAGCAGGAGAAUGCUGAGCUGCUAAAGAGGCUGCAGAGUACACAGGAUCAAAGGGACACGGUACAACAAGCCAUUAAAGACCGGGAUGAAGCCAUAGCCAAGAAAAACAUGAUGGAGGCGGAGUUGGUGAGAAGCAAAAACGACAUGAUGUCUCUGAACAACCAGUUGUUAGAAGCCAUUCAACGUAAACUGGAGCUGUCACAGGAGCUUGAGGCCUGGCAGGACGACAUCCAGAUAGUCAUCAACCAGCAGCUCAAGUCGCAGCAGCAGUUGGAGCAGCCUCACAAGAAGCCCACUUCCAAUGGCAUGUCAUUCUUCCGUAGACCCAGCAAAGUAGCCUCCACCUGGACACGCCAGCCCUCUUCCUCCUCUUGGAGUUCAGACACUAAUGAGGACAAAACACAAUCCCCUUGGCGGGACUGGCUGAGGCGAGGCACGCAGUACGGCAAAUAAUGGUCAAUGAGUACUACAGAUGCCCACUGACUUAUGGAUAGAAGAUGCACAAGAUGGAAAAAAGUCAGGAAACUUCACAAGUGGACCUUCCUGUAAAUCAUGUAUGGCACUUUUGAAUGAGGAAGAACGGAGUCAUUAUGAACAAAAACUUGUCUGAGAAAUCAAAUGAAACACAUUUCACUGAGAGGCUGAGCCUUCGUAAACUGUAAACUGUGACAGCCUGGGAUUGUGGCUUUUUCACAUCACUGUCUAAACACUGUAAAUAUUGUGCCUUAUUUUGUAAUAUUUCCAAUAAUUCUUUGAGACUUUAUAGUAAAUACAUGGCAGAUCUAGAUCAGUGUAUAAUAUUUGCUUAGUUUAUUUAAAUAAACAGGUCAAAGAUAAGUACUGAAUGUCAGGAAGUUUAUGAUCAAACAUUUAAUUUUUAUUUACACUGAACUUUGUUGAGCUGGAUAUAAGACGCAAAAAUGUAUUCUUGAUGCCUUUAUGUACAGUACACCGAGUUACUUUAAAAAAAAUAUAUUUCGUUCUUGUUUGUUUUUUUUAGUUUAAAAUUGAAAAUAUUCUCAGUAUGUGUCUGUGUGUAGCGGACGUGUAUAUUUACAGUGACUCAGUGUUUUUUAAGCUGCUCAGAACUCAAACGGUGUUUCCUAACCUGACUGAAUACAUCUGGAAUGAAACGUUUCAUAGAACAUUAAACAUUACUUUUUAAAAUUC